GGUCAAAACUCCAAGACUUCACUUCCACCCUGUACCCUACCCACCACAACAACUUGCUUCAUUCGAAUCAUCAAAACCAGACAACAUGAGUUCAGAAACCAGUCUCGAUCUAUACUCGGACGGCACGCCCAAUGGCCACAAAAUCAGCGUCACCCUCGAAGAACUCGGCGUCAAAUAUACCGCGCACCACAUCGACAUUUCCAAAAACACGCAAAAGGAAGACUGGUUCCUCAAGAUCAACCCGAAUGGCCGUAUUCCCGCCAUCGUAGACAAGACCGGAGGCAAGUCGAAGAGAAUUUUCGAGGGUGCGGCGAUCCAGCUCUAUCUCUGUGAAAAAUUCGACAAAGACCACAAGAUUAGCUUCCCAUAUGAUAGCGAUGAGUACUGGGAGUCGGUAGAGUGGAUGGUGUGGAUGCAAUCGGGGCUUGGACCCAUGCAAGGACAAGCCAAUCAUUUCUACCGCUACGCCCCGGAGAAAAUCGAAUACGGCAUCAAGCGUUACCAGACCGAGACCAAACGGCUCUAUCAAGUCCUCGAGGACCGAUUGAAGACACAGCAAUCUUCGGGCGACCAGCCCGCGUGGAUCGUCGGUGGCAAAUUCAGCAUAGCCGACAUCAGUUGCUUCUCGUGGGUCAAUUGGGCCGAGUGGGCAGGUAUUGACACCGCGCCGUAUCCUGAAAUCGAGAAGUGGUUGCAUGCUAUCCAGAAGCGCCCAGCGGUCGCAAAGGGAGUCGACAUUCCUGUCAAGUUCGAGAUGAAGGGCAAGAUGAAGAGCGGCAAAGACGCGGAGGAGUUUGCAAAGCACCACAGCAAAUGGGUCAUGGAGGGUAUGAAGACGGACUCCUCGACGCAUAAGUGAUCGCUUUGUUCUUCGAGUCACUGCCACGGAUGGGUAUUAAAGGGGAACUGUGACUUCGUGGCUGACUUCUAGAAAACCCAUCGCAUUCAUUCCCCAAACGACAUUCAGGCAUCAAAUUCACUUUCCCGCUCCUUCCCAACUGAGCGCAGUCACAGCCUUGGCGCGUAGGUGGGGCUUGGGCUUCUCCUCCCCUCCCUUUUCUUCAGCCUAUCAACAUCCUCUCGAAUCUCAUCCCACACCCUCACCCAUUUUCCAUAACCUUUACGUUCAUCCAUACCUGCUCGCAUCCUCCAUCAAGCAUCGCAUCCUCCAUCAAGCAUCGCAUCCUCCAUCAAGCAUCGCAUCCUCCAUCAAGCAUCGC